AUGGUUUCAACCCAACCUUUGUCCCAUAUUCCACCAAAGCCUCCUGAUCUUCCGCAUAUUCCCACCACAACCCCGAGGAAUUCUUUGAUUCUCCCACCCAAACCACCUGGCAUUACCCAGAAUUUCGCAUCACUGUUCAAGAAAUCGGCGGUUAACGGCAAUCUCCAUCAUCCACCUGCUGCAUCAACAAAUCUGCUCCCGUUCUUUGAUCCUUUGAGUUUCAACAUCACCAACCCUAUGCCUCUCUUCCCUCAAGCUCAUCAACUUCACCCGACUCCUCAGCCACCACCAGCAUCACUCUCUCCUACGAGCGCGAACCCCCAAGUGAUAAACCACAACCCAUCACCUGAGUUAGGGAUCCACACUCAUAAUACCCCCACAAAUAUUCAGAUUGCUCAUGGGGUCAAUGCGAAUCCCCAUUCAUUACUGAACCUCCAUAUCCAGUCGUCUUCUAAUGAACCUUCAUCUGUACGUCUUAUGCCCCAUUCACCCUUUCCUUCGGCUGGACAAGGAAAUCACCCUCCAAUUUCUAUAUUGAACGUCCAGUACAAGCAAGGAGCCCAGAGUUCCCCAACCAGCAUAAAUUUUGGUUCCUUUAUAUCUGCAAAUGCCACAAAGCCUUCUAAAAGAGUUGUGUUGAACAAUGGAGAACCAGGAAUGUACUGGUCACCAGACGAAACUCAGGAACUUUCUAAAGAUUUUUCUCUAUCCCUGAUAGGCAAAUGCGCCUAUGGCAAGCCUUCACUGGGAGUGGAUACCACAGAUCCUGUAGGGCUGAAUCAAAGGAAGGAAAUGGACCACCACACCCAGCGGGAACAGGAAGUGGCAAAAGCCCCUGCCAACUUAAAUAAUCAAAAUGCUACUGACAGAAAAGAAAAUCAGGAGACCUACUGCUCUACAUCAGCUCUUGAUAAAGGUAAACAACAAGCUUCAGAGGGACAAAAUGAAGUGGCAGAGAACCUUAAAGAUCCUCUUGGAACAGAAUCUAUACAAGAUGCUACAGACCCACAUAAAGAUAAGGAAGAUUUGGAAUGUGCCUCAGUGACUCAGGUACCCCUGCACUCCCCUAGCAUUGAGGGGAAUAGCUUGGAGGAAUGCCUUCCUCCCUCUCCUGUUGCUAUUGUAAGUGCAGUUGAUCAUAAUUUUGUAGAGGACUAUGCUGAACUUGAGAAUUGUGGGGAGGUUUUAUCCUCUAGAGAAAAUACACAUGACUUGGUAGGGAAUGAGGCUCCUAAAGAACAACUUGGUGAGUGUCAUGCCCUUUAUUGGCCUUCUCUAAAUUCUUCUUUCUUACUGGAACAUGAUUAUGGUACAAGGGGAGAAUGUGGAGGCAUUAUUGAUGAUCAGAUGGGCUUGAUUUGUGUGAGGACUCAAUUAAGAGCCAGAAACGUACACUAG